GUCGGCGCCGCCACGUCGGGUGGAGAGAGCGUCGUCGCGUCCGGUGACGUCUUCCACAGGCGGUGGCAGGGUUGGCGGCGUCGGCAGCCGUGUCGGCGGCCGCAGUGGUGGGAAAUGGCGGAGUAUUUGGCCUCCAUCUUCGGCACCGAAAAAGACAAAGUCAACUGCUCAUUUUAUUUCAAAAUUGGAGCAUGUCGUCAUGGAGACAGGUGCUCUCGGUUGCACAAUAAACCAACCUUUAGCCAGACCAUCUUGAUUCAAAACAUCUAUCGUAAUCCCCAAAACAGUGCACAGACGGCUGACGGCUCACACUGUGCCGUGAGCGAUGUGGAGAUGCAGGAGCACUACGACGAGUUCUUUGAGGAGGUCUUCACAGAGAUGGAGGAGAAGUAUGGGGAGGUGGAGGAGAUGAAUGUCUGCGACAACCUGGGGGACCACCUCGUGGGGAACGUGUAUGUCAAGUUUCGCCGUGAGGAGGAUGCAGAGAAGGCCGUAAUCGACCUCAAUAACCGCUGGUUUAACGGACAGCCGAUCCACGCUGAGCUGUCACCUGUGACUGACUUCAGGGAAGCUUGCUGCCGUCAGUACGAGAUGGGGGAGUGCACACGAGGAGGCUUCUGCAACUUCAUGCACCUGAAGCCAAUCUCCAGAGAGCUGCGACGAGAGCUGUACGGGCGCCGUCGCAAGAAGCAUAGAUCGAGGUCCCGGUCCCGGGAGCGGCGCUCUCGGUCCAGAGACCGUGGUCGUGGCGGAGGUGGCGGUGGAGGAGGCGGCGGAGGCCGGGAGCGAGACCGGAGGCGAUCGAGAGACCGGGAGAGAUCUGGGCGAUUCUGAGCCGUGCCGUUUUUACCAUAUGUCUGCUAGAAAGUGUUGUAGUUGAUUGACCAAACCAGUUCAUAAUGGGAAUUUUUUUUAAAAAACAACAAAAAAAAAACAAAGAUGGGUUUCUGAAUAAAAUUUGUAGUGAUACAGUA